AUGAAUAACAUAAAUAUAUUUGACAAUUUGAAUAAUAACAAUAUUGACGAGGAAGAGGAAGAAGAAGAAGAAGAAGAAGAAGAUAACAACCCGUUUUCAGGAACUAACCACAUGUUUGCCUCAGGGAUGGCUGGUGUGCCGGAUCCAGAUACAUUAUCUAAGACUCCGGAUUUGAAACUGGGUUAUGAAUACCCACAACAACAAUCUAAUGGAAACAAGAGCGCUACCACUAAAAACACAGCUAUCGAAUCACAAGGAGAGGAUUCACCAUAUAAUGAUGGUGAUUUAUCCACAGUUUCAUCUCGAACACACUCAUCGUCAAAUGGGUCUGACACAGAUUCUCAGGGGUCGCAUACCAACUCAAAUAGUAAUUCUCAAUAUGAACCGUAUGAAAAUUUAUCCUUAUCAGUGGCUUUAGCUCAACAACAGAACCAAGAAAACAUUAUUCAGGAUCAGAAAGAUUGGAAGAUUAUGAUCACUGAGUCUGGAAAUUUCAACGAUCAAUGGGGGAAACAUGCCAUUGGUUAUGUGAUACAAUACAAUGAUAAAGAAGUCAUUAGAAGAUAUUCUGAAUUUAGUUCAUUACAUGAUUUAUUAAUUAAAUUUUUCCCAACAAUAGUGAUUCCUCCAAUCCCAUCAAAACAUUCUUUGAUGAAAUAUUUUUUAAAUCCAAUCAAUGCUCAAUAUGAUACAAAAGUUAUAGAAAAGAGGAAAAGAAAAUUUGCUUCAUUUCUAAAUAAUUGCAAUAAUAUCCCCGAAAUUAAGUCUCAUAUCAUAUUCCAAAACUUUUUAGAUCCUGAAUUUGCUUGGAAGGAUGUCAUUCAUUCUCCGCCUGUCACUAUCUUACCACAAAAUAACCUCUUGGCACCACCAUUGAAUCAAGUGAAACCAAGCCCAUUACAUCCGUUAUUACCAUCUCCAAGUACUUCAAAUAGUCCUACACAUUUACAAAUUAUGGAUUCCUUAAAGGAUAAUAACGAAUUAAUGAAUGUAGCCAAAGAAUUUAUUAAAAUCGAAAGUUUAUUAUCUCAUUAUCUAGGAACACUACAACCAAUAUACAACGAAGUUAAACAUAACAAAUUUCAUUUAAGUUCACUGUCAGGUCAGUUUGCAGAACUAGGUGCAUUCUAUAAUGCCUUAAGUAUUGAAAAUCUUCCAUUUGGAAAAUUGAGUUCAUGCAUAGAAAAGAUUGGUAGAUCAUACGAUAUCAAAUAUGUAUCGAUGGAAGUAUUAACAGAAGGAAUUCAAAAUUUAUUAGAAGAAAAUAUCGAAGAAAUUGUGAAAUUAUUAAUAGAUUCAAGAAGAGUAAUUGUUUUCAAAAAUAUGAAACUUUGUCAAUAUCAAAUUGUGAAAAUUACCCUUCAAAAGAGACAAAAUAGAUUAAAAGAAUUAAAUGAAUUCGAGGAUAAAUUGAAUAGAUUAGACCUGGCAUUAAGUAGGGAUGCCUCUAGUUCUCGAACAGUUGCAACAGUGGUAGAUAAUUUGAAAAAGAAGGAUAAUGACACCAAAAGUAACAACAACAAUCCUCCUCAAAAUCCUAACAAAACUGUUGAGAACAAUGACGAUUCUAAUGGUCCCGAUAUGGAUCAAAUAAAGUUGGAACAAAAGCAUAUACAACUACAAUUUCAGCUACAAAAGAAAAGAAAAAAAAUUAACAAAUAUACUUCAAAAUUGGAUUCCUUAGGACCAGAAUUCUUAACUAAAACAGAAAGAGAUUUAGAAAGUAAAAAAAUUGCUAAAGAAAUUGAAAAAUUGAACGAAUGUUUUAAGGUCAUCCAACGUGACAUUAAAGAAGUAAACCUUUCUAGUAUGACUAGUUUAGCCAAUUUAUUGCAAUACGUUCAAAAGAAGCUUGAUUUUAUGUUACAUGGGAUUGUAAAGCUGAUAUUAAACUAUAAUUUAGAGUGUUUAAAAGCUUGGAAAGAAGCCAAGACAUUAAUUAAUGAAAUGUGA